GAGCUGGCUCACAAACUCUCCAGGAGCUUUGACAUGAAGGACGAACAGAACCUCCUGGAGGGGGAGGGGGGCAUGCGGCGACACCAAUCCAUGCAGCGACUGGCAAGGGACGGCUUGCCCGAGCAAAGGGACCCCGCCAGAGUGGUGCAGGACGAGGAGGGAAACCUUAGGAUAACCGUUAAAAAGACUAAACCCAUAUUAGGAAUAGCCAUAGAGGGGGGAGCUAAUACGAAGCAUCCCUUGCCGAGGAUAAUUAACAUAAAUGAAAAUGGUGCCGCAUUCUACGCCGGCGGCUUGGAGGUGGGGCAGCUGAUCCUCCAGGUAGACGGCACCAGAGUCGAAGGACUGCAACACCAAGACGUCGCCCGCCUUAUAGCCGAGUCCUUCGCGAGGAGGGACCGCGAAGAGAUAGAGUUCCUGGUCGUCGAGGCGAAAAAGAGCAAUAUGGAGCCGAAACCGACGGCACUCAUAUUUCUGGAAGCCUAA